GUCAAACUGGAUUUGAUUAACAAAAGGCGCAUUUCGCGGCGAAGUGUUCGUUAAAUUUUCUUACAAAUCUCAUAAACUUCGCGCAAAAAUUGUCUGAUAAAUAUUUUAAGCAAAUCAUGAUAACAGUGUCUUUGUCUUAAAUCCAUUAUAUUUUACUUUACUACAAUAUGUCUAGAGAUAUAAGAUCGUUUUUUCAACCUAAAAAGCCGCCGAAACCGGCCACCGCUGUUGAUGAUGAUGACGAUGUUAUUCCAGAAUCUCCAGACGUGCAAAUAAUUAAGAAUAAAAAGAAAGAAUCAAAGAAAAGACGUGUUAUAGAUGAUGAUUCUGAUGAGGAGAUAUUUACAUCUAAAAAAAAGAAAAAUGAAUCUAGCACUGAAAAAACAGGUCAAACAUCAAAUAAGAAUAAAAGUAAGUCGCCAAAACCUGCCCUCAAGGAAGUCAAAGUGAUUGAUAUGUUUGGUAAUGCUCCUAUAAAGCGCACAGAGCCAUUAGUAAAGAAAAAGAAAAAAACUGAGCUAGGCAUCCACUCGGAUGAUGAAUUUGAAAAGAGUUUACUAGAAAUUGACAAUGCAGAGCUAGAAGGGAAAAUUAACGAUGACAAAGUGUCUAAUGAUGAUAAAGUCAAACCAAGUAGUGAGAAGGCGACAUUGUCGAAAUUAACGGAGGAACCAAAUAAAGAAAGUAAGACAUCACAUGACAAGAAACACAAAAGUACUUCAGAAGUGAAAAAAGAUGAGCAUAAAUCAAGCAAAAGUGAGAAGGCAAAGUCUGAAGAAAGCAAAGAAAGUAAGCAUAAAUCUGAUGAAAGCAAAGAAAGUAGACAUAAAUUGAAUGACACAAAAACAAAGAAACAAACAAAAGAUGACAAAAAACCAAAUCAUACUUCAACAGCACACUCAAAUGAUGGUGAAAGCAAAAAAUCUAAAAUUGAAAAUAGUAAGAGAAAAUUUGCUGAGUUUGUUGAUGAUGAUGUUAAUGAACAUGGUAAUAAGAAGAAGAAAGUAGAAGAACAGGAGCAAGAGAGCAAACAUAAAUAUGAUGGGGAUUCUUCUGUUAUGGAUGAAAGUAUGGAGGCUGGUAAGAAACGGAAGAUGAAUAAGAGUUUGAAUGAAUCAGUUCUAACAGAUGAAGAACGACAUGAAAGACGAAUGCAUUCAGCUGCUUUGUACAAAAACUAUUUGAACAGAUCUGGACCAAAACAUUUAGGAGCUAAAGAAAUCCCUGAGGGAAAACCAGACUGUUUGAAGGAUUGUGCAUUUUUGUUGACUGGGGUGCUGGACUCGUUUGAGAAGGAUGAGGUAGCUGCAGCUAUCACCAAAUACGGAGGGUGUGUUAAGUCUGGGGUUUCCAAAAAAGUUACACACGUGAUCGCUGGUGAAGACGCUGGCCCAGCGAAAAUGGCGAAGGCCCAAGAGCUAGGAAUCAAAAUUAUUAAUGAAGAUGAAUUCCUAAAAAUGAUUGUAGAUCGAUCACAAGAAAACUACACCAGUAAACCGGAAAUUAAAAAAGAAAUCAAACAAGAAAAGACUCUUAAUAAAUCAAAAUCGAAAAGUCCAAAGGAUAAGAAAGAUAAUCAUGUUGACAAGUCUAGGAAAAGCCCGGACAGAAUUAAGCCGGAAACUAAAGUUAGGGACAAAAGUAAUGAUAGUAAGAAACCUGAGAAGUUUAGUCCAAAAAAAAUCAAGGAAGAAAAAGUUGAGGCAAGUUCCAGCUCUACAAACAGGAAUCAAGUUAAUAAUAUAAAAAAAGAAGUGACCGCCAUACCAGAGAAUACGAAUAUGUGGGUGGAGAAAUACAAGCCACAGAGUAUCAAACAAAUUAUUGGACAACAUGGCGACGCGAGCAACGUUAAAAAAUUAAUGAAUUGGUUGACGAAAUGGUACGUGAAUAGAAAGGCAAAGCUACUCAAACCCAGUCCUUGGGCUAAGAAUGAUGACGGAGGUUAUUACAAGGCGGCUUUACUUUCUGGUCCGCCAGGCGUUGGUAAAACAACAUCAGUGGCGUUAGUGUGCAAGGAGCUGGGCUUCGACAUGGUGGAGUUUAAUGCUUCAGACACGAGAAACAAGACGCUCAUCAAGGAACAGAUCGGACAGCUACUCACUUCCACUUCACUCUCUGCUUUUGCCAAUGGUGAGACGGGUAAACAAGCAGUGACCAAGAAACACGUACUGGUCAUGGAUGAAGUCGACGGUAUGGCCGGCAAUGAGGAUAGAGGUGGUCUCCAAGAGUUAAUAGGAUUAAUAAAAUCCUCAUCCGUGCCAAUAAUUUGCAUGUGUAAUGACAGACAGAGUCAGAAGAUGAGGUCUCUUGUCAAUUACUGCUACGAUCUAAGGUUCAAUAGGCCAAGAGUCGAUCAGAUUAAGUCGGCGAUGCUCUCAAUAUGCUUCAAAGAAGGUAUAAAGAUCCCCCCUGACGUGCUGAGCCAGCUGAUCGUGUCCGCCAACCAAGAUGUCCGACAGACCCUGAACUUGCUGUCCAUGUGGGCCAUAGACCCCACUCGCGCUGAUCCAGACAGUCUAAGGAAGGACGCUCAGACCACCAAGAAGGAUAUUAAGCUGGGACCAUUCGAGGCUAUCCGCAAGGUAUUCUCAGCGGAAGACCACAAGACGAUGAGUAUCAACGAUAAGAGCGACCUGUUCUUCUACGACUACAGUCUCGCGCCACUUUUCGUGCAGGAGAACUAUCUACAGGUCGCCCCACACUGUCCCAAAAAUGAAGUAUUACAAAGGAUAAGCGAGGCAGCAGACAGCAUCAGUUUGGGCGACCUGGUAGACGCGAGGAUACGCCGCAAUCAAGCGUGGAGUCUAUUGCCAAUGCAGGCCAUGUACAGCUCGGUGAUACCAGGCAACCGCAUGUCUGGUCACAUGACCGGCCAGAUACAGUUCCCGGCCUGGCUCGGGAAGAACUCACGCGCUACUAAGAUGAAACGUCUCUGUCAGGAGAUACAUGCACAUACAAGACUCAGCACAUCUGGUUCAAAAUCCUCGGUCUAUCUGGACUACAGUAUGCAUCUUCGUAAUGCGAUCCUCAAUCCUUUAGUAAAGGACAAGUUGGAUGGCGUGGACAAGUCUUUGGAAGUACUAGAGUCUUACCACCUGUUGAGGGAAGAUUUGGACUCGUUAGUGGAACUGUCUAUAUGGCCAGGACAAUUGAAUCCUGCUGAUUUGGUGGAGCCAAGGGUGAAAGCGGCAAUGACUCGAUCUUACAACAAGAAAGCAACUGCCCUGCCGUACGCGCCGGGCGCCGUCAAGAAAGGUAGAGCCAAAGCUGAUGACGAAUUCGGAGAAGAUGACCAAGAGGAUGAAGAGGAAACUAAUGACAGUGACCCCGAGAAUGAUGCAUUAAUUAAGAAAAAGAAAAGCAAAGAUGCAGAGAAACCAACGACAAGCAAAGGCAAGUCUACAUCCAAAGCGUCGACGAGUAAAAAGAAAAAAGAGAAAUAGCAUCGGCGUUCUGUGAUGGCCUUCUUGUUCAGAUAAUGUGACUUGAUGGACCAUCGGACCUCCUUGUACUGUAGACCAGUGAUUUGUGAUAACAUUACUAAAUACAUACCGUGUCAAUAAUUUUAAGAGACUUUAGAAUGGUGAAAAUCGUGAGCAGUGUUACCAUGUGAAAUAAAUUUUGUCAAAUGAAUCAGUAAUUUUUGUUGAUAGUGACAAUAUGGGAAUCUGUGUAUACUUAUUCAUAUUUUACAAUGAACUCUUUGAAACCAAAAUAUAAUGAUGACAUUUUCUGGUCGGCUAAAUAUAUGAAAUAGCCUAUUUUUCGUUAAUCAUUUAUAGCACACUGUCAA